AUGAGGUUGUGUAUUGAUUACCGGCAAUUGAACAAGGUAACGGUCAAGAAUAAGUAUCCACUGCCGAGGAUUGAUGAUUUGUUCGACCAGCUUCAGGGUGCUAGGGUAUUUUCCAAGAUUGACUUGAGAUUUGGCUACCACCAAUUGAGGAUUAGGGCAUCCGAUGUUCCUAAGACAGCUUUCCGCACUCGGUAUGGGCAUUAUGAGUUCUUGGUUAUGCCAUUCGGGUUGACAAAUGCCCCAGCAGCUUUCAUGGACUUGAUGAACCGGGUGUUCAGGCCUUAUUUGGAUUCAUUCGUGAUAGUGUUCAUUGAUGAUAUAUUGAUAUACUCCCGCAGCCAGGAGGAGCACGAGCAACACCUUAGAGUGGUUCUUCAGACUCUGAGGGAUAGUCAGCUAUAUGCUAAGUUCUCGAAGUGUGAGUUCUGGUUGGGUUCAGUCGCAUUUUUGGGUCAUCACUGUGAUACAGCUCCUAGUUCACUCUCACAAUUUCGCUUCAGAUCACCUGGUCAAGAAAUAAAAAAAGAUUAG